AUGGUAUUUGCAUCAUGUGGACACAUUCUUGCGUUAUCAUCAAGCGCCCUUUUAUCUUCCAUCAAUGUGUUCAUAGCUCUCACUCCAUCCAGAGGAAUGUCCACUACCUGGUGGUCGCGAUUAAGCAAGCAGCAGGGAGACGACCAGGAUGACCGUGCUUCCGGUUCACAGCUCGGCGAAAAGGAUCAAGGGAUUCAGAAGUCACCCAACGAAAAUGCUUACUGGAGUCCUGGAGAACUCACCUUUGAAGAAGAUACUGCGGGAGGCAUGGGUCGUUACCUUGGUGUAACAUCUUGCACUCUCCUUAUCGUUGGAAAAAUUAUCGGCUCCGGCAUAUUCUCAACGCCGUCCUCCAUCCUCUCCAGCGUGGGCUCAGUCGGCGCUUCCCUUAUGCUUUGGGUCCUCGGUUUCUUGCUCAGCUUCUGUGGACUCUUCAUAUGGCUCGAGUUCGGCACCAUGUUCCCUCGCAGUGAUGGAGAGAAGGUAUACCUCGAGGCCGUCUACAAAAAGCCCAAGUACCUCGCCACCAUAGUAUUUGCUGCUAACGUUAUAUUACUUGGCUUUACUGCGAGCAAUUGUAUUGUCAGUUUUGUGUGCCCUCGUGCUCAGGAACAUCAUACUACCGCUCUGAUGGCCACCCUUUUCCAUCAUUCUUUGUGCUCGGACUCCGCCAUCAUUGAUGUCGUCAUCCCUUGUACAAACGUGCCAGUAUUCUAUCCUAGACUAUCCUUCUUCAAUAUCCAUCGUGCUUCCAUUUAGUGCUGGUCUUCAUCGUUAUCCAUCACGCGGCUUGUCCAUAAUCGAACACGCAUUCCCAGUAGUUUGAUAGGUACGCUUGAGGCCUUCUGACUUGAACCUCCGACUCUCCGAUUCUCUACUCCCCACUCAGCAGACUCCAUAUCCUUGACAUGCUCAUUCGCGAGAGGCGUGUAGUCGAGCCACGAGUCUACGCGAUUAAUUCCUUUCAUUCUCCGUGGCCCAUCGGAUGGAGGAAAUCGCAUCUAAGCACCAAUAAGUUAUCACCCAUCUGGCUUCACGAUUCACAGUCACUUCUUCAUCUAUACAUGAAGACAGUGGAACUCCACAAACAUGCAGAAUCAGCUGCCAAGGCACUUUAGUUGCUAGUCCUUCCGGAUAAUUUCAGCUUACCACUUAGUUCAAGCGCGGGUACUUUGUUUCAGUACUGAUACAACAAGAAAUAUGUAGGUUUGCCCGGACUUUUCAAAUAUACCUCGAAACACC